UCGCAAGUCACCUUGAUUAGCAUCCAGAGGCCAUGGUCGAAUGAUUCAGCUCACCAAGGAUGUCCGAGGGCGAUGUGGUCCUCACAUGCAGGGCCAUGUCGCGAGCCCUUUCUCCGCCUGCAAAGCUGCCGACCUGUUCUGCAUGGAUGGUGGUUGUGCUUACGGCUGUGGGCAUGGCCCUGGCCAACCUUUGCACGGUGUUCACCAUAGAGUUUCUGGUGAGAUUCAAGUUCAACACCAUGCAGGCUGCUUUGGACCGAGGCGGCAUUGCUGCUGGCAUGUUCGCCUUGAUGGGCCUGGCCGCGACCUUUGCAACCUUGGGCACGGCGAUGGUACACGGACUUGCACCUGAUGCUGGCGGCUCGGGAGCACCAGAGAACAAGGGCUGGCUGAACGGCUUCAACCUCUCCAAAAUGUUUACAAAGCGAAUUUUGGCUGUCCGAUUUGUUGCUGUGAUCCUGUCCAACGCGACGGGGUAUCCAUGCGGCCGCGAGGGCCCCACAGUAACUAUGGGCAGCAAUUUGGCAUUUCUGCUGUGCCGCUGGGUCACCAAGCAGCAUGCAGAUGCCAGGGAAUGGAUCGACUUGCAAGGUGGCUCUCCAGGGGCCCUGGCAGACGAGCACUUCUUCGCGCGCGCUGUGCGAGUGGCCUGCAUCGUGGGAGGCGCCUGUGGGAUGGCCAUGAUCUUUGAUUCGCCACUAGGUGGCAUCCUCUAUAUGUUUGAAGAGGUCACUUCGGCGUCCUGGCCGAUGGAGCUGACCUUUAAAGCCUUCGUAGGCUGUGUUAUUUGCACCUCUGUGUCGUAUGCCUUGCUGGCAGUUGCAAAAAAGAGCAUACGAGAUUUUGUGAUCUUUGAGAUGUGGUACGGUCCAGACAGUCCUGAUUAUUCUGCAUUGGACAUCCCUGGGUUUAUUCUCGUAUCCGGUAUUUUGGGCCUGCUGGCCCCAUUGCAUACAAAGUUAUGCCUAUCGGUUGUCGAACUCCGGAAGCAGCUGCAUGGCGGGCCCUUGCGAAAGUGCCAACCCUGGGCGAAGAUGCUGGACACGGUGAUCUUUGCCGUUCUUUGCGCUGCUGCAGUGGCUGCUACCAGCUUUGCUGGACUUUGUACGCCAGUUCCGGAGCAACAAAGAGAACUGAGUUAUGUUCGCUAUCAGUGCCCAUAUGGCUCCUACAACCCUGUGGCAUCAUUGCUGCUGACGACUGCCGAGGGGGCUGUCAAAAUCUUGUUUAGUCGUGAGAACGCUCAAGCUUUCGGUGCAGAAUCGUCUAUUGCGCUUUUCACCUACUUCACCAUGAACGUCGCUUUCUCGGGCGUGCCCGUGCCGAGCGGAAAUUUUACGGGCACGAUGAUGAUUGGCGGCCUUGCAGGACGUUUAAUUGGCCAUUGGUUAUCGCAGCUUUUCCCCGACUCUGGUUUGGCGCGCUCUGGCAUCUAUUCAAUGAUAGGCGCGGCUGCCAUGCUCUCCAGCUUCAAGCAAAUGACCAUUGCAGUGGUCCUCUUCGUCAAUACGGCGUCGAACAACGUUGAACUGGGCCCCCCUCUCAUGCUGGCGGUGUCCGUGUCGCUCUUCAUGGGCAAGCUGCUGGGCUCGCCCAAAGCCUGGGACGAGGAGCAGCUGCUGCGGAAGAAGGUGCCCUUCCUGGAGCCGGAGCCCUGCAAGGAGGUCCGAGACCUUCAGGCAUACGACCUCUUGGAUGAGAUUCCAGAGGAAUCAUAUCUGCCACCAGAGCCGGAUAUCAGCCAGGUGGAGAAAGCGUUGCAGUGCUGCCAGGCACCCUUCUUGCCAGUCGUGGUAGGAGAUACACGGCCGAGGCCUGCACUUCAGGUGCCUUGGCUUGGUACCCCGCACUCGGCUGGAAGCAGCGCUGCACAUACAAACCGAAGGCAUCCUGCUCGCGACGAAAUUGGCCGAGAAACCUGGCGUGAUGAUUGGGAAUGCUGCGCCAGCUUCCUCUUUUUACGCGCUCUUCGGCAAAGCUCAAAUGAGGGCAGCCUGCGUGGUCACUCCCUGUGGCACCUUUGUGGGUGUCAUCUCCAGAGCCGGUCUCGCUGCUCGAACAGUGGAGCUGGAAUCCAAGCAGAAAGAGAAGGACGACUUGCUGUGCGAGUCGGAGUCGAGUCUGGAUGUAGGCGACGCUUCCGAUAGUGAG